CUUUCACUCUCCCGGACUGUGAGCGGUUUGUUUCAGCGCAGAGUCACUCAGUUUCUGGAGAACAUGUCCUUCCUGGUUCUCCUCCUGUGUUUGUUCUUCGUGUCGUCAUCUUGGACUGCAGUGACACAAACCAGUGAAGAAAGCGAGUCCUCUUUUCCAAAAUCGACCAGUGGAGAGACGUUCCCCUGGAACAAGAUGAGGCUUCCUCAGACCGUCUCUCCAUUCCAUUACACUCUCUUCAUCCACCCCAACCUCACCAGCCUCGACUUCACAGGGAGCGUGAAGAUCCGAGUGGACGUCCUCCAGGACACACACACCGUCGUCCUCCACAGCAAGGAGCUCAACAUCUCCAGGGCUGGUCUCCGGGGCUUGGCUGAAGGUCAGAGCCAGGCUCUCAGGGUUCUGGAGUAUUCGGCCUACCAGCAGAUCGCUCUCAUCAGCGAACACAUGGUGCUGAGGAAGGGAGCUGUGUAUGUCAUCGAGCUGGAGUUUGCAGCCAAACUGUCUGAGAGCUUCCUUGGGUUUUAUAAAAGCACGUACCGCACCAGCGAUGGAGAGGAACGGGUGUUGGCCUCCACUCAGUUUGAGCCGACCAGCGCACGAUCAGCGUUCCCCUGUUUCGAUGAACCUGCUUUUAAAGCCAACUUCUCUAUUCACAUUCGCCGAGAGAGCAGACACAUCGCCAUCUCCAACAUGCCCAAGCUGAGGACGCUGGCUCUCCCAGGAGGUCUGUUUGAGGAUCAGUUUGAUGAAAGUGUGACGAUGAGCACGUACCUGGUGGCCUUCAUCGUGUGUGACUUCCCGUCCAUCAGCAAACACACUCAGCAUGGAGUCAAGAUCUCGGUCUACACUGUCCCUGAGAAGAUCAACCAGGCCGAGUUUGCUCUGGACGCUGCAGUGAAGCUGUUGGACUUCUACGAUGAUUACUUCGACAUUCCCUAUCCUCUACUUAAACAAGAUCUGGCUGCCAUCCCGGACUUCGAGGCAGGUGCUAUGGAAAACUGGGGUUUGACCACCUACAAAGAGACAGCACUGUUGUUUGACCCCCACAAGUCCUCAGCCUCUGAUAAGCUGGGCAUCACCAUGAUCAUCGCACAUGAGCUCGCUCAUCAGUGGUUCGGUAAUCUGGUGACGAUGCAGUGGUGGAACGAUCUCUGGCUGAAGGAGGGCUUCGCUAAGUUCAUGGAGUUUGUGUCUGUGAACAUCACCAACCCCGAGCUGCAAGUGGAGGACUAUUUCCUUGGGAAGUGUUUCGAGGCGAUGGAGGUGGACUGUUUAAGCUCCUCUCACCCCGUGUCCAUCCCUGUGGAGAACCCGGCUCAGAUACAGGAGAUGUUCGAUGAUGUGUCUUAUGACAAGGGUGCGUGUAUCCUGCACAUGCUGAGGGAGUUCCUGAGCCCUGAAGACUUUAAGAUGGGGAUCGUUGCCUACCUGAAACGCUACAGCUACCAGAACACCGUCAACACACACCUGUGGGAGAGUCUGACCGCUAAGCAGCACUCUGAAGACGAGGUGGACGUCAGGGUGAUGAUGGACACGUGGACCCUGCAGGAAGGCUUCCCGCUCAUCACGGUGGAGGUCAGAGGUCGUGAAGUGCGCCUGAGUCAGGAGCGAUACCUGAAGGGCGACGACUCGUCCCAAACCUCUGGAUUUCUGUGGCAUGUUCCGCUGACCUACAUCACCAGCAGCUCGAGUACAGUGCAUCGCUUCCUGCUGAAGACCAAGACAGAUGUGCUGUACCUGCCUGAGGAAGUGGACUGGAUCAAGUUUAACGUGGAUAUGAGCGGAUAUUACAUCGUCCAUUAUGAGGGCUCGGGCUGGGACGACCUCAUCACUCUGCUCAAUCACAACCACACGGCUCUGAGCAGCAACGACCGGGCCAGUCUCAUCAACAACGCCUUCCAGUUGGUCAGUGUGGGGAAGCUGCCGCUGGACAAAGCCCUGGACCUGUCGCUGUAUCUGAGCCGGGAGACGGAGAUCAUGCCCGUCACGCAGGGCUUCAGUGAGCUCGUGCCACUUUACAAGCUGAUGGAGAAGAGGGACACGUUGGAGGCACUGGAGCACCAGAUGAAGAGCUACAUCGUGCAGCUGUUCCGCAAGCUCAUUGAUCAGCAGGUGUGGAGUGAUGAUGGGUCGGUGUCUCAGAGAAUGCUGCGCAGUUAUCUGCUCCUGUUCGCGUGUGUGAGGGGUCACCCGCCCUGCAUCUCCACCGCCAACGAGCUCUUCAACAAGUGGAAGGAGUCUGAUGGCAAAAUGAGUCUUCCUAACGAUGUGAGCCUGGCAGUGUUUGCGGUCGGGGCUCGCACCGAGGAAGGAUGGAACUUCCUGUUUGAGAAGUAUCGUGAAACAAUCUACACGUCUCUGAAGAGACGGAUCAAGUCAGCCCUGUCCAUCACUCCCCUCGCUCACAAACUGAAAUGGAUGAUGGAGCAGAGUUUGGAGGGUUCGGUGAUGAAGACUCAGGACCUGCCAUACGUCGUGGUGUCCAUCAGUAAGAACCCUAAUGGUCAUAAACACGCCUGGGAGUUCCUGAGGGCAAACUGGCACUCGCUGGUGAAGAAGUUUGACCUUGGUUCCCACUCCAUAGCGCACAUGGUGAUGGGCGUGACCAGUCAGUACUCCACCAGAGAGAAGCUGGAGGAGAUUCGCAGCUUCUUCGGUUCUCUGAGCGCUGAGACAGGCUCUGAAAUGAGGUGCAUCCAGCAGGCACUGGAGACCAUAGAGGAGAACAUCCGCUGGAUGGACAAGAACCUGCCGCUGCUGCAGGCCUGGCUGGAUAAGAACCAUCCGGAAGCACAGAAGCGCUACGACCUGCACACGGACCUGUGAAGAUCUAGAAUCAGCUAGGACCUGAACACCCGCCUGAUCACGGGCCUGAAACAGCUACAAGAAGAAAACAGUCAGGUGUGUGUGUGUGUAAAUGAUUUACAAAACACACACUGAAGUAAAACGCAGAUACGUAUCUCUUUGGAGAAGAUUCACGUGGACACUUGAAACAUCUUUAGUUCCUAAAUAUUUGGUGCGUUUUUAUUCCCUAUUUAUGUUCAGAGAAAACAUUUGUGAUCCUGAAGGUACGCUUGAUUCUGAGACCGAAUGUUUUCGGACAGCCUGAUAUCGGCCUGGGUGGGUUUUUAAAGGAUUUAUUUGUUUUGUUUUUAUUUGUCUUUGUUCUACAUAAGCCAGUAUCUCACUGGGCUGUGACAGCUUGCGACAAAUUGCGAACGUCAUUCGCGAGAGAGUUUCAAAAGUGUCUUGAAACAUUCGCGGGGCUUCUCAAUUUCCUCGCAUGAGUCGCAAAGUGUCGCUCCUUCAUUGCUGAAAUUUUGAACACGUUCAAAAAAUUAGCGCGACAAAAUUUCUCUCGAAAUAGCCGCAAACACGUCGCUGGUGUCGCAAAGCCGUCACAAACACUUCUCAAGUCAGUUUUUGUGAGACAGGAAGUGCGAGUGUAUCUCACUGGGCUGCGACAGCCUGCAACUAGUUGGAGACACAACAAUUGCGGUAAAAUAUGCGAAUAUCAAUUCAGUGUGAUUCCAAGUGAAAAUUUGCAUAUUUUAUCGCAAUUGUUGUGUCUCCAACUAGUCGCAGGCUGUCGCAGCCCAGUGAGAUACUACCCUUACUUUGUCACAGCUCUUAUUUCUGAUUUCUCUCAUGGAUUUUGUAAAGUGAUGACACAUUUGAGAAGCUGCUAUUAUUAUUAUUAUUAUAAUAUGAUGGAUUUAAAGGCAAUAAAGUGAAUUUUAGCACAUAUUUCUGAAUAAGUGAAAAUGUCCAGACUAUUCUUUCUGACUGUGAGAAAAACAUCCAUCUUAAUUUAACAUAAAUACAAAAUAAUUCUUUUUUUUUUCCAGUGCACUAAAUGUACUAUUCCUAAUUUCAGCUUUUUUUUUUGGGUUCAGAAAAGGCACUUUUGUGAUUUUAAAUUUGAGCCCUAACUUUUUUUUAGACGUCUUGCUGUUGGUCAACUGCUGGUCCACUGGUUUCUUUCACACUGUAUUUUUAUUUUAUUGCUGAUUUUUUUUUUUUUUGUGCAGAUCUCAGUGAAAUGUUUUGAUAGAUUAGAUAUAAAUUUUGAAAUAAAACUUACCUUUUAAA